AUCAAAAUUUGUUUACGCGUCGCUUCCAAAUCCUUUUACAUUGUUCCCACCCAGUGCGUAGUGUUUUACAGAGUUUUAACCGGAAAUACCAUGUAGAUUGUUCAAAUAUGUACUCCAACCCGAUGCCAAACCAUUCCUCAAGACUGACGCCUGCGGUACAAUAUGGCAUCUUGAUCCUGCUGUCUACCGUAUGUUACUUCUUCACCCGAAAGGGUCAGUUCGUGUUCGACGAUUCGGUGGCCGUGGUCAAGAAUGCGGACGUCAUCAACUCCAACACUUCCUGGGAGACGCUGAUGCGGCACGACUUUUGGGGCGCCAAUAUCAUGGACAAGAACAGCCACAAGUCGUUCCGGCCGCUGACGGUUCUGAGCUUCCAGCAGGAGGUCCGCCUGUUCGGAUUGGAUGCGACCCAGAUGAAAAUGACCAACUGGUUGUUGCACACAGUGAUUGGAGUGUUGCUGCCGAGGUUCUUCCAGCUGGUCAGCUGGAGGGAACGGUGCAAAACGACGUCGUGGGGGAUGGAGUACUGGGCCGCGGUGCUGUUUGUGGUGCAUCCAAUCCAUACGGAAGCGGUGGCCGGAAUUGUGGGCCGAGCCGAACUGCUGGCCACCGUGGGAGUCGUGCUGGCUGUGAUGGUUUAUGGGAGUUUGUUUGAUGAACAAUCAACGAUUUUGAAACACGUAUUAGUUUUAACGACAGUAUUUAUCUUAACGGCAUUAUCCAUGCUGUGCAAGGAAACCGGAAUAACGAUAUUGGCAACCUGCGCAGUUCUUGACACCCUAACACAUAUCAACCUGCAACGACCCGUUCGGACAUUCGUCAGCAAUAAACCACUCGCAGCUCGAAUCAUCACCCUAUUCGUCAUGACUUGCAUCCUGAUCUAUGCUCGUCUUCGCGUCCAAAACUUCGCUUCACCCCAGUUCCGCGACAAGGACAACAUCGUGGCGUUCAGUCACGGUAUCACCAAGACCCUCUCCCAGAACUACCUCUACUGCUUGAAUCUCUGGCUGCUCCUCUGUCCCGAUUGGCUCAGCUUCGACUGGGCCCUGGAAUCGAUUCCGCUGGUCAAAUCGGUUCGCGACUACCGCGUCGCAUUCAUUGUGAUAUUCUACGUCUUCCUGGUGGCGAUCCUAGCUCGCAACCGCCAUCAGCCCCGGGUACUGAAAGGCCUUGCGCUGAUGAUCAUUCCAUUUCUGCCUGCUUCCGGCAUUAUCCGGGUGGGGUUCGUGAUCGCCGAACGAGUUCUCUACAUUCCAUCACUCGGGUUUUGCUAUCUCGUUUCGUACGGAUUUGUCCGAUUACACGAGAAACUGGACAUCCGAUGGAUCCGGGUAACACUAGGAGCUGGAUUCCUACUUCUUGUCAUAACCUUUGUACUUCGAACGAUCCAACGAUCGUCCGAAUGGGCAACCGAGCAUACGCUGUUCCGUUCAGGGCUUCGAGUGGUCCCGAACAAUGCCAAGGUGCACUACAACAUUGCAAAACUGGCUGCGGAUCAAGGCGAUAAGGCAACCGCGUUCCAGUUCUAUCAGCAAGCCUUGGAAUUGUACCCGGAGUACGAGGUGGCCCACAUGAACCUGGGCAACUUGUACAGCGACGCGAAGGACUACCGACGGGCUCUUAAGCACCUGCAGAAGGCCAUCGAGUACCAUGAGGACUUCCAUACGGCAUGGAUGAAUCUGGGAAUCGUACACGCAGCGUUGAAGAACCACAAGGACGCCCUGGUGAGCUACCAGCGGGCGAUGAAGGGCAAGAAGCACUAUCCCAAUUGCAUGUUCAAUCUGGGGAAUUUGUACAACGACAUGGGCAACCACAACCUAGCUCUCGCCACCUGGAACGAAACCGUACGCCAAGACCCGAAGCACGUUAAGGCCUGGAACAACAUGAUCAACGUGUACGACAACGCCAACAUGAACGAACAAGUUCUCGAGGUAACGGCCCGCGGUCUGAUUCAUCUACCGAACCACCCGAACCUCCUGGCAGCCCGAGCUAUCGCCCUGGCCAAAAUGGGAAACUACCCGGAAGCCGAACAAAUCUACAGCGAGCUGAUCGUGCGGCAUCCGGGCGAGGAGAAGUACCUCCAAAAUAUGGGCGUCCUGUACCACCGCUGGCGAAAGCUGGACCAAGCCGAACGCAUGUAUCGCAAGGCUUUGAAGAUCAAUCCUCAGUCGGAGAUGGCCCGGAAUAACCUCUCCAAACUACUGGCUUCCCGCCAAAAAUCAAGCAAUUGAAUUUUAACCUCGAACAAUAAAAUACUCAAUUUUUUUAACCGAA